GUGGGAUUGAUGUAAAGGUGACUGGAUGUUUAUGUGGCGUAUUGUUAUGUGGUCAUAGUUGGAUGCUGUAAAACAAAAUGUGGAUUCCUUUUACUGGCUGUGGAUAACGCGAGAGUUAUUCACAGCCAGACGAAGCUCAUACCAACACGCCCCUAGAUGACCAGUGAUGAUUUGGAUUAACGACAGUAUACUAGCUGAGCCCUAGAUGUUGCCAGCAUGGUCCUGGAAGGGGCGCGAGAGUGGUACCAUAACUUUGUGAAGAAGGUGGAUGAGAGGUCCAGCUCACAAGUCCUCAUCCAAGUGGUUGUUUUGAAUGCAAUGAAGCCUCGUCGCCUGUCUGCACGGGUUAUUUUGCAGGCCAGUGUUUACACAGUUAUAAUCAUUGUGCUUGCCUUUAUUCUGCUGUACACGUUUCUUCUUACCUAUGUGGACAGACAUUUGAAGAUGACUCAGGCUCAGGCUCAUCUGCCACUAGAGAUUCCUCAGAAAAAUACUCAUAACAAUCAUAGAGUGAAAUUUCAGUCCAAAUCCUCAGGAAACUAUAGACUACAUAAUAUGGAAGAAGGUGGUGGGAAUGAAAAUACUCUUCAUUUCCAUACAGGUAGUAUCUCUCACAGAAAAGUGUUGUGGAAUUCAACAAAUUACUACGAUGUGUUCAGUACCCGUCCACAGUGUCACAGGAACACAUCACUAUUGACAAUCAUCAUCACAUCAUCACCAGAUCACUUGGACCAGAGGAGUCAGAUUCGCCAGACAUGGUGUAAUGCAUCAGCAACCAGACAUCAGAAGGGGGCAUGGCAGUGUGUGUUUCUGAUCGGCCAGACAUCCCUCUCUUACAUUGAUUCUGCAGUAGAAGAAGAGGCUGACAACUUCCAGGACAUUCUCAGGGGAACAUAUGUAGAUUCAUAUCGCAAUUUGACAUUGAAGGUACUUCAUGGACUGAACUGGGUUAGCCAGUUAUGUCCUACACAGUACACACUAAAGACAGAUGAUGACUGUUUUGUUAACACACUGCAGAUGUAUAACUUCCUUCUGCAUAGUAAUACUAUCAAAACAAACCUGUAUGUAGGCAAUGUUUUUCAUAAACUCGAAAAGAGGAAGGUGGUACGGAGCCUAAGCAGCAAGUGGUCCGUUGCCAAGUCUGACUAUGCUCCAGACCAUUAUCCCCCUUAUGCCAGUGGGACAGGGUAUGUGUUCACUCAGGAUGUGGUGGACAAAAUUGUUGUGGAGAGUCAGUACAUCAAAGCCAUUCCUAAUGAGGAUGCUUACAUAGGUAUUGUGGUUAAUUCGUUGGGCGUGAAACCUACAUCAAGCUUCCGUUUUACUCUGUUCAGUGAAGGACUGAGAUUGUGUAACUACCUGUAUGUAUUGGUGGUGCACCGUGUGCAGCCAGAGCAGCAGCACAUGUUGCAUGCUGGCAUGAUGCAGGCCCCACAGGCAUGUCGGGGGGACACCGGGGAUCUUCACUCAUGGUCAUGACAUACAAUAAAGUGCAAGGGAUAUUUUGCAGAAGGAAGAGUGUUUCGCCUUAUACCCGGCAUGCUGUUGUUAAGUCUGUGUGAUGGUGGCAGCAGUUCUAAAACUCAAAGCCAACAUUUGUAUUUGCAUUAUAUUAUUGGUUUUGUUUACCUCCAGUUUCUAUCAAUUCUUCAUAAAGACAGAUUUGCCAAGGCUGAAGUAGUGUCUCUGACUAAAGUUGAAGUCCAUAAAUAUCAUUUGUUGAUACCAUUGUUUGUUUUAAGCAAUUUAGUUGUUGAACUUAAAGAAACGUCUUUAGAAAUAUGUUUGUGAAACAUUUUCACACUGAAUAAUGUCUGACAUGUUUUGACAUCACUAUCUAAUCACUAAUCACUGCUUACAGUAUUUAUUACAUAAUGGUAGCAGGGAUGAUUCUAUCAUGGAGCCUUGUGCUUUUAGCCCCUAAAUUUGAAAAAAGGCCCACAUUUUUCAAUACAAUAAGCAUUUCAACAUUGUGCUGUAUGCAUGGUAUGGGCAUGUGUGGGUGUACCCUUGGAAUAUUUGAAAUGUUCACAUAAAAGGCCCAUGUCAGAAAAUUGUAAGAGUUAACCCUGUGGUAGGGUAUACAUUUAUUUUGUUAGGUAUACAAAGUUUUGUUCAUAUGUAAAACAAGUUUAGAUUUGAACAUGCAGAUGUAUAACCUCAUUUGUGUAUAUGGUUGUUGCUCUAGCACAACGCCAAUUGCACAUAUCCCAAUGCAAGUGUAUAUGUUUGAAAAUGCAAUGUAUGAAAUGCAGUUUUUGAGUUUUCUUUUAAUAUUUCCCAUAUUUGUCUAGUUCUUUGAAACUAUUGGAUCGAUGUUUUUAGUUUGUUAAAAAUGAUGUUGCGUUUGAAAUGUCUGGAUGGGAUGAAGUGCCAUGAGAUUUCUCGUGUGAGAUAUUGCUGCUGCAUGUGCUUGUGUGGUACACCGGUCAUGAAGGUGGUGCCAUGAUUAGUGCAUUCUACUUACGACAUUCCUCAUACUGCCUGAAAUGUCCUCUGUAUUCAUACAGCAUUUACUUUAGGAAACAUUGUUAUGUUGGCCAGCCAUUGUUUCAUACUGAAGAUAGUCAAGGGGUGUACAGGAAUUAUUUCACAGUCUGUGGGCAUACAACAGACACAUGUUGUGGGAAUUUACUAAUUAUUAGAUUUAGUUCUAUUGCCAGUGCUAAGCAUGAUCGUGUUUCAAAUUAAGUCUUAACAUGUUUAAGGCCAAGUGAACAUGAUCAUGAAAAUGAAAAUAAUUCAGUGAAGGGUUUGAAAAAAGUUCAAAUAAAUAGAAUGUCUAACUGGCAAUAAUAUGUGGCACCGCUUGCUGUGAGUGGCUGUCGCAGACUGGUCCACGAUCAUCACUCUCUUUUAUCCAUGCUACUUCACAAGUUACAUUCAGAAAUUGUGUAACAAAACUUCUUGAAAUGAAACAUAAAACAUUUAAAUUAAUCUGGCUUGAUCAAGUUCCUGAAGGACAAAGAUAAAUGUCAAAUUGAUAGUAUGAGAAUGCUGGUUAUUUUGGUUAUAAUACCUGUAGAUUAACAGACAGUGGAGACAUGUAGGACAGCAAUGUCCAAGUGUUUUGGUCACUUGAAGCGAUCUUAGCGCUGCAAUAGUGUAACUCCCAUUGUUGAAUACAGACUUACGAAAGUUGCUUUGUGUAGGUAGUAGGCACAGAUAGGUACUUGUGCAGGAUAGGUAUCGUGUUUCUUCAUGUUUGCAUACCCCUACUGCUACCUAGCACUUGCUUCUGAUGUCCAAACAGUCUUCACUUCUAUUUCAUUUGGGUUGAUACAACAUACACAUAAGCAUGUUAAGUUAACUUUGUGUUUUGAUUUUUUAGUAAGUGAAGUUGAGAGUUUAAGCAACAUAUAGAAAAACUCAAAACAACUUAAUGUUAUUUCGCUGAAAUACGUGUACCCGGUAAAUAAGGAAUGUUGAUUAUGAGAAGCAGUUAUUGGUGUUUCUGUACUCUACAUUAUAAUUACUGAUAUGUUUUGGGUGACAAUGUCAAAUGCUGCAAUGGCAAGCAAUUACAACCCUUAGAAAGUAUAUAGACAUGUACACACAUGGUUUAGUCUUUGGCAGUUCCUCCAGCCUGUUGCUGUAGUGCACGAAUUGGCCACAGACAUGGUGAAUAACACAACUCAUUUAUUUUAUGUGUUUUGAACACUUAUGAAGUUGUUCUUUUCGUUAAAGCUGGUUAGUGUUCAUGUUUUGUCAACAGAUUUGGUGACAAGAAAAAUAUUGUCACAAAGGUUAUUUACAACUUUUAUGCUUUUGUGUGUUGCACUCAACAUUCAUGGACUUCGUGUCAUGAUUUUUGUGAUCAACAUUGAUCAGUGACAUCAGUUACACUCUUAAUCACGACUUACUGCAAGAGAUUUGUAUGCAGUAAAACUUUAGAACAUUUGUGUGUUUGGGCAGACUUUUCUCUGUACAGCUGUACAAUAGGCAUGUGUUUGCUGUGAUAGGCGAUUGUGGUACAAUGGUUGUUAAUGGCAGUAUAAACAUGCAAUUAUGGUAUAUGAGAAUUAAUUGUAAAAUCUGUGGUUGUGAGAAUUUUGAUCGGUGAACAUUUCAGAUUCUGAAGGUUGUAAUUUAGCAUAUUGGAGUCAAAUUUAAUCAAUAGUUUUGUUGUAUUAUAGUGAGUGAGUGAGGUUAAACGCAGCUUUUGGCAAUAUUCCAGCAAUAUCACGACGGUGGACACCAGAAAUGGACUUCACACAUUGUACCCAUGUCGGGAAUUGAACCCGGGUCUUCGGCGUGACGAGCGAACACUUCAACCACUAAACUACCCGACCGCCCUUGUAUUAUGGAAUGGUACUGAUCUAAGUUGGACGUGGAUGGGUCUUGAAGGUGAAUCUCAUAGAGUUUGUGUGAGCGUGCAUGCGUGUGUGCGUGCGUUGGUGCAUGCGUGUGUGCGUGCGUUGGUGCAUGCGAUGAAGAUGAAGAUGAAUCGCCCAGAGUCUUUUUGUAUGAGAAGAAAUUAUAGCUGAAUCUCUUAGAGUUUGUGUGUAUAGGUAUUGAAGGUGAAUCUCGUAGAGUCUGUAUGUGUGGAUACUGAAGGUAACUAUAGUCUGUCUGUAUGUGUGGAUACUGAAGGUAACUAUAGUCUGUCUGUAUGUGUGAAUACUGAAGGUAACUAUAGUCUGUCUGUGUGGGUGGAUACUGAAGGUAACUAUAGUCUGUCUGUAUGUGUGGAUACUGAAGGUAACUAGAGUCUGUCUGUAUGUGUGGAUAUUGAAGGUGACUAGAGUCUGUCUGUAUGUGUGGAUACUGAAAGGUAACUAGAGUCUGUCUGUGUGGG